GGAAGGAAAUGAAAUCAAUAGAAACAGGCAGUAUUCAGAGUUGGAUGUCUCUGACCAAAUCUUGGCUAUCUGCAAAGGCUAUGGCAUGAGUUGCUCUUUUCUGAAAUGUUCUUGUUUUAUUUGUUCCACUCAGGACAUGUUCCUAGGAUUUGGAAGAGGAGGAGGAAGGGGGAAAGAAAAGAAAGAAAGAAAGAACACUAUUUGAUGGCAUAAAUACGUGGGGCAGCGAUGCCAGCCACGAAAAGGGGACUUUCAUCAUGGGAAAAUGAGCCUUCUUCCAGCUCGCAUUAAAAAAUUCCUUCGGCUCCAAGCAAAGCCAUCUCGCCCACGCCAGCACCCACCCGCGGAGGGGCGGAGGAGCCGCGGCGGUGUCGGUGGACCCACAGUGACUCUCUGCGGUCCGCUGCGGCUAUUACAGGCGAGACGCUGCCCGAGACGUUCCGAAGGAGGAGGAACAUAGCGGGGUGGUUUCCUGACUGUGAGGGAAGAGAGGAGCUGGGCUGCAGGAGCCUCGGCUGCUCCCGGCUGCUCCUCCGGGGAUGCAGAAGCCUUCGUGAUACGGCCGGUCCCGCGGAGCCCCUAUCCUGCCGCAUCCGAGGCUUUUUGGAGGAGUUUGGAUGAACCCUCUUUCCAGGCAUCUCAAUGUCCAGAAGAACUGCUGAGAUGUUCCAGCAAGCCUUUCUAUCCACGCUUCUUUGCGUGGCACUAGUUCCACUCCACGCUCAGUUUGAUGAUGAACCUGUUACCUCCUGUACAGAAAAGACGGAUUGCCCCAUCAGUGUGUACUUUGUCAUUGACACCUCGGAGAGUAUCGCUCUGCAGACUGUGCCUAUCCAGAGCCUCGUGGAUCAAAUAAAGCAGUUCAUCCCUCGGUUCAUUGAAAAACUGGAGAAUGAGGUGUACCAGAACCAAGUCUCCAUCACUUGGAUGUUUGGAGGACUUCAUUACUCAGAUGUGGUGGAAAUUUACAGCCCUUUAACGAGAAGCAAGGACACAUACCUCACCAAGCUCCGUGCUAUUAAGUACCUUGGCAGAGGCACCUUCACGGACUGUGCUAUCUCCAACAUGACACAGCAAUUCCAGAGCCAGACGGCCCGGGAUGUGAAGUUUGCAGUGGUCAUCACUGAUGGCCACGUCACUGGCAGCCCCUGUGGGGGGAUGAAGAUGCAAGCAGAGAGGGCACGCGACAUGGGGAUCAAACUCUUUGCUGUGGCCCCCAGUGAGGACGUCUACGAGCAGGGCCUGCGGGAGAUUGCCAGCCCACCACACGACCUGUACCGCAGCAACUACACCAUCACGCCGAAAGACGCCCUGCACAUUGAUGAGAACACUAUCGAGAGGAUAAUCAAAGCGAUGAAACAUGAAGCCUAUGCUGAGUGCUACAAGAUGAGCUGCCUGGAGAUUGCAGGUCCACCUGGUCCCAAGGGAUACCGAGGGCAAAAGGGUGCAAAGGGAAACAUGGGUGAACCAGGCUCCCCUGGACUGAAGGGACGGCAGGGUGACCCAGGUAUUGAAGGUCCAAUUGGAUACCCUGGUCCUAAGGGUGUGCCAGGGCUGAAAGGAGAAAAGGGCGAGAUUGGAUCCGAUGGACGGAGGGGUGCAGCUGGUUUGGCAGGCAGGAAUGGCACCGAUGGACAGAAGGGCAAGCUGGGAAGAAUUGGACCGCCAGGCUGCAAGGGAGAUCGUGGUGACAAGGGCCCUGAUGGCUACCCAGGAGAUGCAGGAGAUCAAGGUGAAAGAGGAGAUGAAGGCAUGAAGGGAGAUCCUGGCCGGCCUGGUCGCAGUGGACCCCCAGGACCUCCAGGAGAAAAAGGGAGCCCGGGAGUCCCUGGCAACCCUGGAGCUCAAGGACCUGGUGGAAGCAAAGGAAGAAAAGGUGAAACAGGACCUCCUGGACCCAAAGGAGAGCCUGGUCGACGUGGAGAUCCAGGGACGAAGGGCAGCAAAGGCGGUCCAGGGACCAAGGGAGAAAGAGGAGAUCCUGGUCCAGAGGGUCCCCGUGGCCUGCCGGGUGAGGUUGGAAACAAAGGAGCAAGGGGAGACCAAGGAUUGCCAGGACCCCGAGGCCCUACAGGUGCUGUGGGAGAGCCAGGCAAUAUAGGAUCACGUGGGGAUCCUGGAGACUUAGGCCCAAGAGGUGAUGCUGGACCACCGGGUCCAAAGGGUGAUAGAGGCAGGCCUGGCUUCAGCUACCCUGGACCCAGAGGACCGCAGGGUGACAAAGGUGAGAAGGGGCAGCCAGGGCCCAAGGGAGGAAGGGGUGAGCUUGGACCAAAAGGAACACAAGGAACAAAAGGAGAGAAGGGGGAACCGGGUGAUCCUGGCCCAAGAGGUGAACCUGGAUCCCGAGGCCCACCUGGUGAAGCAGGCCCAGAGGGGACCCCUGGCCCACCGGGAGAUCCGGGCCUGACUGACUGUGACGUGAUGACCUACGUGCGAGAGACAUGUGGAUGCUGUGACUGCGAGAAGCGCUGCGGUGCCCUGGAUAUCAUGUUCGUCAUAGACAGCUCAGAAAGUAUUGGUUACACCAACUUCACUCUGGAGAAAAAUUUUGUUGUGAACGUGGUCAGCCGGCUGGGCUCCAUCGCCAAGGACCCCAAAUCAGAGACAGGUGCCCGUGUUGGGGUGGUUCAGUACAGUCACGAGGGGACCUUUGAAGCCAUCAAGCUUGAUGAUGAGCGCAUCAAUUCACUGUCAAGCUUCAAGGAAGCAGUGAAGCGCCUGGAGUGGAUUGCUGGAGGCACCUGGACACCUUCUGCUCUUCAGUUUGCUUACAAUAAGCUCAUCAAAGAAAGCCGUCGAGAGAAAGCCCAGGUGUUUGCUGUAGUGAUCACAGAUGGACGCUACGACCCUCGGGAUGAUGACAAGAACCUAGGGGCUCUUUGUGGCAGAGAUGUGCUCGUCAACACCAUUGGCAUUGGAGACAUAUUUGAUCAGCCAGAACAGAGCGAGACCCUAGUCUCCAUUGCCUGCAAUGAACCCCAGCGAGUCCAGAAGAUGAGGCUCUUCUCAGACCUUGUGGCAGAGGAAUUCAUUGACAAGAUGGAGGACAUGCUUUGCCCAGAUCCACAGAUUGUCUGCCCUGAGCUGCCCUGUCAGACAGAGCUUGCAGUAGCCCAGUGCACACAGCGCCCCGUUGACAUUGUCUUCUUGCUCGAUGGCUCUGAAAGAAUUGGGGAGCAGAAUUUCCACAGGGCCCACCACUUUGUGGAGCAGGUUGCCCAACAGCUUACGCUGGCCAGGAGAAACGAUGACAACAUGAAUGCGCGGAUUGCGCUGCUGCAGUACGGCAGUGAGAGAGAGCAGAAUGUGGUCUUCCCACUCACCUACAACCUGACCGAAAUCUCCAACGCCCUGGCUCAGAUCAAGUACCUGGACUCAUCCUCCAACAUUGGGUCAGCCAUCAUACAUGCCAUCAACAACAUUGUGCUCAGCUCAGGAAAUGGUCAGCGAGUCGCUCGGCGCAAUGCUGAACUCUCCUUCGUCUUCAUCACUGACGGCAUCACAGGGAGCAAGAACCUUGAGGAGGCCAUCAAUUCCAUGAAGAAGCAAGACGUCAUGCCCACAGUGGUGGCUCUUGGGAGUGACGUAGACAUGGAUGUCCUGCUGAAGCUUGGCCUUGGAGAUCGGGCCGCCAUCUUCCGGGAGAAGGACUAUGAAAGCCUCUCCCAGCCAAGCUUCUUUGACAGGUUCAUUAGGUGGAUAUGUUAGUUGAGUGGAGUGCACACGUCCUCCUGUCACCAGCAUACACCCCCCCCAAAUAUUACCUGUUCUAUUUUCUUCUCUCUGUAUGGUUGCUAGCAACUCUGAGCUGGCCCAGAACAGUUUAUACACAGCUACCUUCUGGGUCCUCGUCUCUAACCAAAAUCCAGACCUCUUUUUCGAGUUUUGUGAUGAAGUCGCAUAUCUUACAUUUAUGGUGCUAAUUAAAUCCAAGAUCUAAACAGGAUACAGAGCCAUAUGAAGUACGUCUGUAAAGCUUUGCACACACCAAGUUAUGCCUUGUGUAUCUGCUGUUAUCCCAGGAGGGCUUAUCAGAGAAGCAAGAAGCCCCUCCAGUUUAGCAGGACAGAUGAUCACUUCCUGCGUUCAGAAAUUCUCAGCAUCCUUUCAGGAGCUCUACGUUUUGACAUUGCCCGUUCUUUAGCGAGCCCUUUUCCUGAUUAUAUCAUCCUUUUUGUUCUCUUGGGACUUCUGCCCCUGAGAGGACUGAGCAAGUUUAUGACAAAUCUUGUGCUGAUUGAAAUGGACAGCACUUACUUUCUUUUUGCAUCGCCCUUCAUCGCUUGCUCCUUUUUGUGGAAGCAGCAGCAUGGUUAGAAUUUUUGCUGCCUUCAGCAGCUAUCUGCAGGUGUUCCUUUUGGUCCUCUAUCAAUCCUACAUUUCACAGGCCAACUUAAAGACCUGCAUUUUCCUGCGGGCUCUGCCUCCUUUGCUUCUUUCUGUCCAACUUUCACCAGAACCUGUUCAUUUAUUACAGCACCUUAAAUCCUGGCUGAGAGAGGCAGCGUACCUCCCAGCACCUCACAAAAUACUGUGCAGCACAGGGAGCUGCCCUGGUGUCACCCCAAAGUGCUCAAAGUAACCAUGGUGCCUUCUUUUCACCAAUCUGCUGAGCAGUUCCCAGAUUUGAACUUGAAUUGUGCUGUCUGCAAAAAUAAACAAAUAAACUCUUUUCACCCUAUUCCAAAAAA